AACCCUAAAAUGUAUUUGCAUUAAUUAGCGACUAAUAAGUUUUGUAAAGAAAUUGAAAAUGUCGAGUGCGCCAGAGAGUGCAGUUGCUCAUAAAACACAUAGAGAGCGUAAUGCCGGUCGUAAGGCAGAGAAGAAAAAAGCAAAGAAAAGCCAUGUUCAAGAACUCACGGACAAACAGAAAAAUCCAAAGGCAUUCACGUUUAACUCUGCGAUUAAAGCAGAACGACGAUUUAGACGGAAACAAGAUAUAGAAACGAAGAAACAGCAUAUACCACUGGUUGAUAGGACGCCUCUUGAACCUCCUCCGAUUCUAGUUGCUAUUGUUGGUCCUCCAAAAGUUGGCAAAUCUUUGGUCAUUCAAUGUCUGCUUAAGAGUUUUGUGAAACAACCGUUGACUAACAUAAUUGGUCCUGUCACUGUUGUUUCUGGAAAAAAGAGAAGAAUCACCUUCAUGGAGUGUAACAACGACAUUAACAGCAUGAUAGACAUCGCUAAAGUAGCAGACCUAGUAUUGCUCCUGGUAGAUGCAUCUUUCGGCUUUGAGAUGGAAAUAUUUGAAUUUCUAAAUAUCUGUCAAGUUCAUGGUAUGCCUAGGAUCAUGGGUGUGUUGACUCACCUAGAUUUAAUUAAAAAUGCCAAACAGUUGAAGAGGAUCAAGAAGACAUUGAAACAAAGAUUUUGGACAGAAGUUUACGCUGGGGCAAAAUUGUUUUACUUAUCUGGAUUGAUUCACGGGGAAUAUUUACGCACCGAAGUAAAAAAUUUAGCAAGAUUUAUAUCUGUCAUGAGGUUCAGACCAUUGACUUGGCAUACCAUGCACCCUUACAUUCUAGCUGAUAGAAUGGAAGAUUUAACAUCCGCUGAGUUGAUUAGACAAAAUCCAAAAAUUGACAGGACAAUAAGUUUAUAUGGGUAUGUGAGAGGAAUUCCUUUAAUCAAAGAGGCAUCGAUACAUAUUCCAGGCUGUGGUGAUCUGAAAAUCAGAGAUAUUAGUUUCUUGCCAGAUCCGUGUCCUUUGCCAGAGGAGUUAAAGAAACGUGCAUUAGUAGAAAAGGAACGAUUGAUUUAUGCACCUUUUUCUGGCGUUGGUGGCAUAGUGUAUGACAAGGAUGCUGUUUAUGUCGAAUUGGCUGGCAGUCAUUCUCAUCAAGAGGAAGACACAGGUUUGGUUGGUGCUUUAAUGGAUACUCAAGAGACGUUAGAUCAAAAGUUACAACAUAGCGAGUUGCAAUUGUUUAGUGAUGCUGCUCCCAUAAAGUCGCAAGAUAUUGAUGAAAAUCUCGACAGUUAUAAGGGAGAAACUGUAAUUGAUAAUGGCAGGAUUAGAAGAAAGGUUGUAUUUGCCGAGUCAGUAGAGGAUUUUUCCGGUGCAUCGGACGAUAGCGAUCAGGAAGAUAUCGAAGAUGAUCAGUUAGAUAGCGAUCGAGAAGAGGAAAGUGAGAAUGAUAUGAAGGAGGCAGAAGAUGAAAAUAAAAUCAAACAGAUGCACAAAAAGAAGGGCACAAAGAGAAAAAGUAAAGUCUAUGAAUCAGAAAAUGUUAAAAAGAGGAAAAGUUUGUCAAGUAAUUCAACGUUAGAAGAUGACGAUGUUACUACGAAAGAAGAAACUUUGAAUUUGACAAAAGGUACAAUUUCAAAUGCGUCGAAUUAUACAGAUGUGUAUCGUUGUCUAAGCAAGGAAUCGGAUAUUAUGGUAAAGAAUAGAAUUAAAGAAGCGCUCGAUCAGUUGAAUUCAGGUACAAGUGCAACGAACGAAGGAGAAAAUAGCGAGAACGAAAGUUUCGAUGAAUUGAGCGACGGAGAUACACGAGAUGGACUAGAAAUGGAUGAUGCAGAGCAGGGAACUGAUUUUGAAUAUGAGACUUCUGAGGAAGAAGAAGAAAACGAAAAUAUCGAAAUUGAUAAUAUGGAAGAAGUUGAAGACGAGAUUGAGAAUAAUGAAGAAGUCGAAGGUGAAAUUGAAAAUGAUGAACAAGUUAAAGAUAAGAUCGAAAAUGAUGAAGAAGUUGAAGAUGAAUUAAAAUGGAAGACGAACCUGGCCGAACAUGCUAGACAAGCAUUCGAGACACGUCAGCGAAACAACAGAAAUCUCAUGAGAGUUGUUUAUGGAGUGGAUAGGAAUCGUGUAAAAGAAGAUGAGAAAACUCAACACGAAAAUGACGAAAUAGGUGGUAUCUUCCGUGUCGUUCAAGAGCAACAGAAGCAGAAAAUACAGGAACGAGAGUUGCAAAAUCAAGAAGAAUGCAUAUUUUUCCCGGAAACUCAACUGGAUUGGUUGAACGAGGAAAACAAACUACUUGUAGCAAAUCGCUUCGUAACUGGAAAAUGGAAAGAAUCGGAAGAUGCGGAGGAGUUGUUAAAGUUAGACGAUAUAAACGAGGAGGAGUUGUACGGAGAUUUCGAAGACAUGGAAACCGGGGUAAAACAUGAAGCGGAAACUCCAAAGGAAUCAACGACGAACGAUGCGGAAGAGAGGAAGAAGUUGCUGGAAAAGAAGAAAAAGUUGAAGGAACAAUUUGACUUGGAGUAUGACAACGGUGAAUCUAAAACAUAUUACGACGAAUUGAAACUUGAAGUUGAAAAACAAGCGAACUUAAACAAGUCGGAAUUUGAGGGAAUAGAUGAUGACGUAAGGGUACAGCUAGAAGGUUAUCGUCCAGGCAUGUACGUACGCGUCGAAGUCGAGACUGUACCGUGUGAACUCGUUACGAAUUUUGAUCCUACAUAUCCAUUGAUUAUCGGGGGACUGUUACACGGAGAGGAGAACAUAGGAUACGUACAGACGAGGAUAAAAAAACAUCGGUGGUAUCCAAAGAUUCUAAAGAGCAAAGAUCCAUUGAUACUCUCCGUAGGUUGGCGUCGAUUCCAGACGUUGCCAAUUUUCUCAAAGUUGGAAGACAACUUGAAAAACAGAAUGUUGAAGUACACACCGGAACAUGUUGCCUGUAUGGCACAUUUUUGGGGUCCUAUCACGCCACAAAACACAGGAGUGCUGGCGGUUCAAGAUGUUGCUACCAGAGUGCCAGGUUUUAGAAUAGCGGCAACAGGUUCCAUCGUGGAGAUGGACAAGAGCACACAGAUCAUGAAAAAGCUAAAGCUCACUGGCGUACCCAUGAAAAUUUAUAAGAAGACGGCGUUUAUAAAAGAUAUGUUCAACUCGGCGCUCGAGGUUGCUAAAUUCGAGAGUGCUAAGAUAAAAACCGUGUCCGGUAUACGGGGACAGAUAAAGAAAGCUGUGUCAAAGCCAGAGGGAUGCUUCCGCGCAACAUUCGAAGAUAAAAUACUUUUGAGUGACAUUGUUUUUUGUCGAACUUGGUACAAGGUGGACGUACCAAGAUUUUACAAUCCCGUCACAUCGCUCUUGUUACCUGCCGAAGAGAAGAGUCGAUGGCAAGGAAUGAAAACAAGCGGACAGUUGAAAAGAGAAAAGAACAUACAUAUGCCCGCGAACAAAGAUUCUAUGUACACACCUGUCGAGAGAACGGUGAAAGUAUUCAAACCCUUGUCUAUUCCGCGAAGCUUGCAGAAAGAGCUUCCGUAUCGAGACAAACCGAAAUUAAUGCCAGCAUCUCAUAAACAAAGAAACGGCAGAGUAGCCGUGGUACGCGAACCGAAAGAAGCGAAUGUAGCAAGGCUCAUGAAAAUGAUUAAAACCAAUUAUGCUUAUAAACAAAAACAACUCAAAGAAGCUACUAAACGAAGAAUCGAGGCACAUCAAGCUGAGAUUGCUGCAGUUGAAGCGCGGAAGCUUAAAAGGCAAAAAGAAUUAAAGAAACACGUAUUUAGAGAACUUAGUAAAUUCAACAAAAAAAACAGUCAUAGUAUAUGAUAUGAUAUAAAUAUAUGUAUAUAAAUAAAAUAAUUGUU